AGCUGCAGAGGCCUCUUCCCGCGUGCGCGAAGAAGGCCAAACGCAGCGAAGGCGCGUACACGUGUACUCCAACGGGUGCAAAAACAUGCACGACGCGGAGAUACGUGGAGGCAAUCGAGGCGAAGUCGUCGGAGCGAGGAGAAACGUGACUUUUUCCGAUCGCGGCUCAGACGGCUCCCCCGGCAAGAAGUGAAGAGCAAACAUGCGAGAAGUGCGAGAAUGGCACGAAACGAGGGGGCUAGCGAAGCGGCGAAUCAGAAGCCUCAGUUUACCACGACGUCAUGAAGACCCGGGAACCAGUGAGCGCGCAGCAGACUGGUUAAAACGUGAGCUCGGAGCCAGAAAAUUUUGAAUCGUGUCUUCGGGUGCAGCUAUGAACGUCGCCAAGAUCCUCUGCCUGCUCUUUGGCCUCGCCCUCUGCGUAGCCUGCGGAGUCAAGCUGGGCCUCGCUUUGGCGCCCUACGUGUGUGCUGCUAACCUGGCCAAGGACGCGGAACAGACGAUGGUCGCCCACAAGCUGUCUCUGGCUACCAAGGCACUCGCCAUGAUCACCGGUAAACGUUCUUUCAGGGCGACCAUCUCCUACAACUCUCAGCUUGAGCGUUACGAAGACGCUCCCGCAGCGACCGUUGAAGACAACGUGGUCAGGGGCGCUCUGAAAAGCGCCGCGUCCAUUACGGCUGCUCCGAAGCCCGUCAAUGUAGAAAACGAGGCGAAAGUUGAGUGGCUACCCAGCGAGACGAAGUCCACGACCCAACUUCCAACGCUGCCGUCGGUGCCCAAGAUUGCGGUGCCCGCAGGUGUCCCUAAGGUCGCGGUUCCCCAGAUACCAAGGAUUGUGGUGCCCAAGCUGAUCGUCCACAAGAUCGUCAUGUCGGAGAUUGCUAUUCCUGACGUCGUGCAGUCCAAAGUUGACCGACUGAACAGCAAGUUCAACAAGCUAGGCAGCAAGUCUGCCGCCUUUCUUGGCGGUCCCAAGUACCAAAGCGGCUACAUUAAGGGCGGAUUCCGCGUCGCUCAUGGCGCUGGCCCCGCCGCUGACGUCCACCUGGGGUCCAAUCCUGAGCCGACUCGAGUCUCCCCCGUCGAGCCACGACAGUUCACCGUUGUGCACAAGAACCCUCAGCUCGAGCAGAGCGUCACCACUGUGUCGGCGCCCGUCCACCGCAGCCGUCCUGUCCGUUCCGUCGACGCCGGCGUGAUGGGCCGUUACUUUAGGAUUAUUCAAGCCAACGACGAAGGGCGCUGCGUUGCGCUCAUGGUUUGCUCCAUGGCCGCGCAUCCGCAACAGUUUGGCGUCUACGGUCGCAAGGUCGUCGACUUCUUCGAUGACGUCAAGCCCUCAGCGUUGUCACCCGUGGCACCCUACAAGGAGGCGUCGCGUGUCGGUCGCAGCGGGGAUUCCUGCCGGUCACGCUAUUCGGCUUGCCAGGUGGAUCCCAUGUAUCUGGCCCGUCUCGGUGAAUCCCAUGCCAACGUGAUCUAGAGUACACCCGGCCGGGAGUUCCAGCUCGUCACCCAUGUAUAUAGCUCGCCCCGUGUAUAUGGACCUCAUGCUUAUGCAUAUAUAUCACGCUGAUUUGCUUCUGACAAAUGUAUAGUAGCAUGUAUAUAUUUGCAUAUUUGUAUAUAUCUAUAUGUAUAUAGUUGCACAUAUAUAACUGACCGGUUGCGUCUUUUGUAAUGCAGUAUGUUUUAAACAUGGUAAAUAAAAGUAUA